AUGCCUUUCGCAGUCUUGCAGUGCAGCCCUUAGAAGACGAGUUGUUGAACCGUUUGCUCUCUUGAUUGUGAGUCAAUUUGCUAAAGUAGAAAAAAAAUCAGAAGCUCUAGGAAUAUGAAUCGCCGAAGCAACUACCGUGGUACCCCGAACCGCAAUAACCAAAACAACCAGAAUUACCAGCAGCAGUACAAGCAACACUUUGUGCCCGCGAAUGGAAACUCCAACAACCAGACCCCACAAAAACAACAACAGCAGCAGCAAACAAAUCAACAAGCACAGCAGCAACAGAAGCCGGUUCAACAACAGCAACCCCAACAACAAAUAAAACAAGAAGAACAAGUUGUGCAGGAGCAAAAACCGCAACAGCCACAGCAACAAACGCCCCAAAAAAAUCAGAAUAAUACACAACAAUCGAGUCAACCGGAUCCACCGAUUGCUCAAAGCACUAAUGUCGCUGCUCCGUUAGAGUCGGCGGCUGAUGAUUCCGAAGGUGGAAUUGGCGCCAAAAUGCGAAAGAUUUUUGCCAACCGUAAAAAUCUUAGCCCGGCGGAGCGCAAGAGACUUGUGAAGGAACGCAAAGCACGCCAAUUGCGUCGUCUACGUAAGCUACUGUCGCCGAAGAAUGCUGUGGUGGCAUUGCAUGAACUACAGGGACCGGGGAUGAGCGAAUUUGUCGUGAACACCAGUGGGCAAGAAACUACCGCGGAAAUAGUAGUCAACAAUGUACGUUAUGAGGCGACCGCCUCCAGUAAGCAUCUCGCCAAAUCACGCGCAUCGGAAAAAGCUCUGCGCGAUCUGGUUAUCGCGCAAAUGAACAAGGCUCGCCAGGCAGCAGAGAAGCAGCUCGCAAGCAAUGGCAAUUCGAGUCAGAACGAGGACGUUGAAAUGGAGGAUGUGUCGGAACAAGACGACGAUGUUCCGAUGCUACAUUUGGCCUCGUAUGCAUUGUUUAAACUUUUCACCGAAUGGCAGAAUGAAGGCUUCGAAAUUCCAGCCAUUAAGCCCCAGAAAGCCCCCAUUAAGUUGACAGAAGCUGGUGUCCAUCCACUGGCUCCAAAGGUAGCCAAGACUAAGGCAGAUUUACCCGCUGAUGCGGCUACGCGACAUCCAUCUGCCUUGUUGGCUUUUAUGCGUCCCCAAGUCCCAUAUGAGGAUCUCGGCUCGAACAACAGUACGGACCCGGCUCAACGGGAAUUCUCCGUUGGUGUGACCGUCGAUGGGCAACGUUUUGUCGGUAAGGCCCGCAAUAAAAAGCUAGCCCGUAAGGAAGCUGCCGCUACCGCGUGUCAGACGCUGUUCGAUGUCAAAUUUAUCGAAACCGCCACCACCACCAGCGAAAAGUUAUCACGGGGCUUUCCGCAACAAGAAAAGCGGACAGCUGACAGUAACAACAAAAUGAUGCCGAUGGAUGAUGAACAAGAAGGAGGCAUUGGCGCUAAGAUGCGCAAAAUAUUCGCAAAUAGAAAAAAUAUGAGUUCCGCGGAUCGUAAACGAUUGGAAAAGGAACGAAAAGCUCGUCAAUUGCGUCGCUUAAGAAAACUGUUAACUCCCAAGAAUGCUGUGGUUGCUCUGCACGAGCUUCAAGGGCCAGGAAUGAGCGAAUUCGUCAUUAACACCAACGGUCAAGAAACUACAGCAGAAAUUGUAGUCAAUAAUGUACGUUACGAGGCAACCGCCUCCAACAAGCAUCUGGCAAAGGCCCGCGCUUCGGAGAAGGCUUUGCGCGAUCUAGUAAUUGCACAAAUGGCAAAAGCUCGUCAGAAUGCUGAAAAGCAAGAAACGAAUGGCACUGACGAGAACGAAGACGUCGAGAUGAACGAUGUCUCGGAAAGUGACGAAGUUCCAAUGCUGCAUCUGGCAUCGUACGCUUUGUAUAAACUAUUCAACGAGUGGCAGAACGAAGGUUUCGAAAUUCCGAGCAUUAAGCCAACUAAAUCGGGGGUCAAAUUGAAUGAGGCUGGUUCUCAUCCGUUGACCCCGAAGGUAGCAAAAACCAAGGCGGAUUUGCCAGUGGAUGCAGCCACGCGUCAUCCCACUGCUUUGCUCGCUUUCAUGCGUCCCCAAAUCCCUUACGAAGAUCUAGGAUCAAACAACAACCCAGAUCCGGCCAAGCGCGAGUUCUCCGUUGGUGUUGCCGUCGAUGGGCAACGAUUUAUCGGUAAGGCUCGCUCAAAAAAGGCAGCACGCAAAGAGGCUGCUGCCGCAGCUUGUCGAGAGCUUUUUGACGUUCAGUUUGUCGAGAGCACUGCUGCGUAGGUUGAACGCAACGUUAUCUCUCUUAUAGUAUCCAAACUACCGAUAGUUUUCCAUCCUGUUUUCCUCAAUUGCUAAUAGAAUACCGUACACUGUGUGCAGGUUUUUAACUCCUGCCUGAUAGGAGAACUUUUAACCCGAACGCUCAGGUUUUGUUAUAAAAGCAAACCUUCAGACUGAAUUUAUGGUGCACACGACAAGGCUAGCAGCGGCGUCCAACAAAAACAAGUGUGUUGUCGGCCUUGUUUUGUUUGCGAAUCUGCUGGUUUGCGUAUACACUAUAAUAGCGGUUUUUUAUGAAUCAUUUGCAUCCGUUUGGCAGUCUAGCAUUGAAGGAUGCAUAGAAAGUACAUCUAAAUUUGCUCGGCAUGUGCGAGCCUAGGAAAGAACUUGAUCAUUAUUCUCUUUUAAGAAUAUAGGAUUUUCUCCAUCCGUGGCAGAUGCGUA